CCUCACAUUUCCUCCGUCCAUUUUGGCCGGCCAAGGUUCAAACAGGAAAGUUUUUGAACAAAACUAUGGCUGUUAACGUCCAUUUAACUUCGUGUACUUCUGAUAAUUUAAGUCGACAUGAUAUGCUGGGUUGGGUAAAUACUCAACUACAAGUAAACUAUACGAAAAUAGAGCAGUUAUGUACAGGUAUGCGCCAAAAUUUGUCUGUUAAAAUUGUCAGAGAAAUUUUACUUUAGAUUUUGUAUAUAAACCGAAAAUAUGUAGUUUAGUUAACUUUUACGUAACUUGAUAUAAACUUACAUUCUGUUUCUUUUGAUAGGGGCAGCAUAUUGUCAGUUCAUGGACAUGUUAUUUGCGAGUAUGUUUUGGGUAUAUUUUCUGACAUUUUGAGAAGCAAAAAUUGUCUUAAUUUUUGUAUUAUUACAAAAGUUAAUAUUUACUGAAUAUAACCACAGGAUGCUAACAGGAUGCUAAGUAUCUAUUACAGUAUACAGUUAUUAAUAUACACAGUUGUUUAAGUAUUGAGAACAAGUGUGAAGAGCCACUGGGGGUGACCCUUGUGCUUGACUGCUUUGUAGGGCUGAAUACUUGUUGGUGACGUUUUGAUAUUGUGAUAUAAUAAGAAUAUAUUCAUUCAUUUAUUGAUAGGAUAAUUAUUCAUGCUGUAAAGCGUAAAACUUUGUGAAUAACUUGUCGUCACCAUACUCCCCAGGGGCCGGUUCUUCAAAGGUGGGUUAGCGCUAACCCCUGGGUUAAAAUUUAACCCGCUGUUUUAUAGUUUAUGUAUUUCUGCACGUCUGUUUAUUUCAAAACUUCAGAGAAGUAAUCUCCUACUGAUCCAGACAAGAUUUCUGAAGAAAUAUUUCCAAAUUUAUAGACAAGCUGUUCGGAAGUUCGCUUUGAAUUUUAAGUUUUAAAACCUAGGGUUAAGUUAAUCGGCUUUCGAACAACCGGCCAGGCUUUUAGCCAGAAGGGCGUCCUGGGACACCCCUAGAAUGAAAAAUGGACGCCCAAAUUCUGGGAGUAAAGGGAAAUUAUUUUCAAUUAUUUCCCUAAGUAUAUUAAUAUAUCUUUACCGAAAUAGCUUCAAUUCUGAUUAUUAUUAUAUAUUUGACAUUUUGAUCAAUUUGAUGGUGUACCUAUGAAAAUGUCGUAGUUAAGUAAAGAAGCAUAGCGGCACAAACUCACAAAGCCAAGUGUGAAAAAGUAAAUAAGUAAAUAAGUAGUAAAUAAAAAUUCCGAAUGAGCUUGGAACAGAUACUGACAUGAAGUAACGUAAACUUCAAAGGUUUUCCAGAGGAACAUUUUCUCGAACCCCCCCCCCCCACUAUGGAUGUAUUGAUAUACCAAAAUUGGAUGUCCUCUUUUAGGACCCUGGCUAAAAGCCUGCAGAUUAAACAUUAGUAUUGAUAAGUUAAAGUUUCUUUUUAUUGAUUAUGAGGCCCAUAUCCAUAGUUUUGUCAGCUUGUCACUCUCUAUAUCCAACACCUUGAGGUCAUAAGUCAUGCCCAGAUUGUGUGCAGUUCCUAUUAUGCUAAUAAAAACUCUAACUCAUUAAACCACUAUUUGCCCAUUAAAUGUGACCUACAUUACAUGUUAGAAAAUGCAACCACAAUAAUGCUUUUCAAUCCUAAAUCUCUGUGCUUAAAUUUUCUUUACAUAUUUUAAUCUGCAACUUCUUGAAAAUAUCUCCAGUCCUGUUUCUGCUUUGUCCUGUUUCUGCUACAAAAAUAAACUAAAAGUAAAAAAACACACAAGUUGUAACAAACCUGCAGCAGACUUGUAGCAAUGCUGUUCCAACAACUUGUCAACAGGAUGUGUUCGCACUGCUUGUUCCCAGCUUGUUGUCAACGGCUUGUUGACAACAUGCUACAAGGUUGUUGAGUUCAACAUACUUGUUACAAGUUGUUCCAACAACUUGUUAUCGUCCUGUGCACAAUUCAACAAUUUGUCAACAAGUUGUGAAUGACAACCUUGUAGCAACUUGAUGAAAUAACAGCGUUGUUAUGACUUGUUGACUAGAUUGCUACAUGACUGUCGCGAACACAUUUUGUUGACAAGUUGUGGGAUUUUUACGUGUGUUGUUUUACUAAGUCGAAUGCCAGUAAAAUUAAGUGUUCAGUGGCAAUGGUUACCAUUCUAAAAAAUACACAUUUUGAAAGGAUAAAAAGCUAAAAAAAAAUAUUUUAUUUAGAUUGCAUGCCGUUAAAAAGGGUGAAAUUCAACACAAACUUGGAACAUGAAUAUAUUCAAAAUUGGAAAUUACUUCAAACAGCGUUUAAAAAAGCAUCAGUUGAUAAGGUACUUUAUUACAAUUUUUACAAACAGCUAGUUUUUGUACUCUAUCUUACACCAAAUUAUUGUAAAACAUUUGUUGAAUUUCACGACAGCCAUAGUCUUGCAGAGAAAAAUUAACCCAAUUAUUGUUUUCAGACAAUUCCUGUUGAUAAACUUGUAAAAGGGAAGUUCCAAGACAAUUUUGAGUUUGCUCAAUGGUUCAAGAAAUUCUUCGACGCUAACUAUGACUUGGGCAUUGAGUACGAUCCUGUCGGGGCUAGAGGAGGCGUGGUUGUUAACGCUGGGGGGAAACCAAGUAAUAUCUCAAGUCGGAAACCAGGUAACAAUGCCUAGCACUCAAAACUAUCAACUCUGGUAAGAUGUACAGGGCUUGGAAUUACAGCUGAUCAGCAUCGAUGAUCAGCAAGAAGUUCUAUACAAUCAGUGGAAAAGCAAGCAGUUUUCAAUUGAAGAAUGCAGGGAAGGUCAUGACUGCUGAUCACCCUGAUUGGCAACUUUGGGAACGUUAUUUCAAGCCUUGGGCAUACUAAAAAUAUAUAUCCAGUGGUUCCGUUUCAUAUCCUCAGAAAAAAUUUUCUGGAACCUCCCUAAUUGGAGAGGUGUCCAUAUGUUUAACUGUGCCCUUUCUGCAAUAGUCAUAAUCUUUAUUUGUUAUAAUAUUCAUUGUUGGAUAAUCUGUGAUUGUUUUAGGAAAUGUUCCAAGUGUUGGAAGUCGAAAACCUGGUAACAGUUUAUAAAUUGUAUAAAUUUAGUUUUAAUUAGCUUUCGUACAUCAUUAUACGAGGAAUUAAACAACAUAGCAAGCUCCAAUCAAGGUUUAACUCCAAGAACAUUCCUUCCCGCUUCCUCUUGUUGUUGAUUGUAAACUUUUUGUUGUGUUUGUUGUUGCAGUUGCUGGUGCAUCGCGUGUCUCAAACGUUAGCUCGACUAGAACUACCACCACACAAAAGACCAGCACUACUAAUGCUGCAGCAACACAAGAAAUUAAAGAACUCAGUGAACAGGUAAUGUGUAUGUCCCUCCCCUAAUUUCAUAGGUGAACAGGUAAUGUGUAUCCCCCCCCCCUAAUUUCACUAGGUGAACAGGUAAUGUGUAUACCCCACCCCCCUAAUUUCACCAGGUGAACAGGUAAUGUGUAUACCCCGCCCCCCUAAUUUCACUAGGUGAACAGGUAAUGUGUAUACCCCACCCCCCUAAUUUCACUAGGUGAACAGGUAAUGUGUAUACCCCGCCCCCCUAAUUUCACUAGGUGAACAGGUAAUGUGUAUACCCCACCCCCCUAAUUUCACUAGGUGAACAGGUAAUGUGUAUACCCCGCCCCCCUAAUUUCACUAGGUGAACAGGUAAUAUGUAUUCCCCCCCUCCUAAUUUCACUAGGUGAACAAGUAAUGUGUAUCAGGGUUCGUACAUGUCAGGAAAAGUCAAAUUCAAGGACUUUUCAAGGCCAUGUGUCAGCAAAUUGUAGGACUAAAUACUGAAGAAAAGGGGUUAGAAAUCAGUAAAAUCUGACGUUGAAUUGUUCAAAACGCAACUUUAAUGUAAUAAUGAGUUUCAAAUGGCUUUGUCAGAUAUGAACAUGCAAAAUCACUUCAACAAAAUGUCCGUUUUGAAUGUCAAACAAUUCAGAAAAUAUCCAAAAGCUAAAGCAAGAAAAAUUAAGGACUUUCAAGUACUUCUUUACAAAUUCAAGGACAUUCAAGGCCUUGAAUUUUUGUUUUCAAAUCCAAGGACUUUCAAGUUUUGUACGAACUCUGUGUAUGUCUCCCGACCCCCCCCCCUCCCCCCCGCCUCCCACUUACCAAGAUGUUUUGCAUAAAAAAUAUAUAAAAUCGAGCAUAUUUUAUGUUGUUCAGGUCGCAGAACUUUCGCUAACAGUUGAUGGUUUAGAGAAAGAAAGAGAUUUCUAUUUUGGCAAGUUACGAGAUAUCGAAGUGAUUUGUCAAGAUGGUGGCGGAGAAGAGAAUCCAGUCUUAAAGAAAAUAUUGGAAGUACUGUAUGCAACUGAGGUUAGUUCGCAAAAUAAUUGGUUUUCUUCCAGUUCUUGUGCAACAAUGCAGAAACCUCAUCUUUUAAAUAGUAUCGUGCUAGUGAGUAGUGGAGAGCCAAUCACAUACCUCAGAACCUAGCCUCUUCUCCAGGCAACUUUUGGCCAGCAGAGCCGCGCGAUGCUUGGCAGAAAUUGCACUUGUUUCUGAUUCGCUUGUUUUAUUACGUAAUUCUGCCCUUUGCCACCUUGUUUCAUGUGGGUGUCAGAUGUUGGGAUCUGUGGUGACCGCGUUACCUGCAAGUGACUGGAACUAACUGGUCACAAGGUCUUGUGCACACUACAGUAGUAUAGUAGAAUAUUUACCAACCAGAUUUAGUCGACCAGAGUGUUGUAUUUGAAGACGCAAAUUCGUCAAUUAAUGCAUGCCAUCAGAAACUUACGAAGAGUUUUUGAUUUUCGCAGGGUGUCCACCCUUUGGUGAAGGUGAAAUUCAAGGACUUUUCCAGGACUUUCAAGGCCCUUUUUCAGCAAAUUCAAGGACCCAGAAAUCUUUGAAAAUGGCACGGAUUUGCCGUGAAUAAUUCACUUUAUUCAGUAAUUUUAAUCAAAAUCACUAAUGUUGGCACAGCUGGAGGUUAAGGAAAUUAAUUCCAGGACUGCCAAGGACUUCUACUGAUUUUCAAGGACUUUCCAGUCCUGGAUUUUUUUUCCAAUUCAAGGACUUUCCAGGAUUUUCAAGGCCCGUGGACACCCUGUUUUAGCCCUCCGCUCUUGCUUCGAACACUCGUGUUGUCAACCAUUUUGAUUUGCAUUCCUAGUGUCCUACAUUGAAUUUUGUAACUCAUUAGUCAUUACCAAAAUUGAUUUUUGAUCCCCCCUAAACUAAAACCUGCGCUCCGGCCGCUAGAGGGCUAACUGCAAAUUAUUUUUGGUUACCUGCAAAAAAAUGAAUGUACAGGCAUGGAGUUUCUUGUGAAGGGGGCUACCCAUAUCCAGAAAUUUCUAUGUUAUAAUAUACAAUUUAAUAAACCUUGAUAAAAUUUUCUCUGCUAGGAUGGGUUUGUACAACCAGAAGCUGGCGACGAGCCCGAACCAGAACCAGAAGAGCAAGAAGAAUAUUAAGAUCAUGAACAAAUCUUCUAAUAACUAACUACAUCUUCUCGGGAGUUGAUAACCUUACCAGUACUGGCACACAUAGUACGUUAAAAACACUUUAAAAUGAGAUGCAUUAUAAUGGAUGGAAACUAUUAUUAUAUCAGUUAGAAAAAAAAUCUCUGCUGUAAUUAUAUAUUGUUGUUUUAGCUAAGUAGUAAAUUUGACAAAAAGUGUGU